CGCGAAGAGGCAGUCAGUGCGUACCUAUGAAUUCUCAGCGGAAGUUGACAGUAGUUGCUACGAAAGUAUAAACAAUGAUAGAGAUGGAGGACGCCUCACUGAAGGAGCAGUUUGAGAGGCUCCAGGAACAGCAGAGACAGAAGUUGAUGAGAAGGAAACAGAAGAAAGACGCAGAGAAGGAGAAACCAGAAACUGCCAGAAGUGCAUUUGGUGUUACUGAUGAACUGAAUCUAAAACUUGCUGACCCCCCUGCAGCAAGUAGUUUUCUGUCUGAAGAGCUGGUGGAUCACCUCAACGACCAAUUAAGGGAACUGAAGGAUGAAAAUGGACGUCUCUACAAACUGCUGAGUGAGAGAGAUUUUGAAAUCAGGAAUCUAAAAAAAAAGAAAAUAGAAGAAAACUCAGCAGUGGCAGGUGUGACAAAUGAAACUGCUGCAAUAAAGAUUGUCGAACUAUCUAAGAAAGUAAGAGAGUUGACAGCAGAGCUAGAGAGUGAGAGGACAAAAUGUAAACAGCUACAGAAGAAGUGUCAAGAUGCCCAGAGACAGGUGACACAGCUCAACAGCAUGCAGACCGACAAUCACUCCAUGAUGGGCUCCAUGAUCAGCCUGCAGUCACAGUUUCUAGAUGACAAGACUGAUGAUGGAGUGGAUGUGAAGGGGCUGCAAGAUAAACUGAAACAAACUGAAAGUAAACUGGCGGACUACCGUAACCAGUGCCAGGCCCUCAAACAGGAGCUCAAAAUACAACACAAGGUGCUGCAGCAAGAGGUCGGGGAGAAUGUCAAUGUGCAGUCCGUCCUGAACGCCAACAGUGGCUGUCGGGGCAGGGCACAGCAAGUGUUGACACUGCAGAAUAAGAUAGAGGACCUGAAGACCCAGCUGGAAGCUGCGCAGGGGAAAUCGGGGAAGGAAGGAAGUCUUGAGGACCAGAUGCUAGGGAGGACAUCAGCACGGCGGAGGACGCAGGACGAGAAGUAUAGGGAAGAACUGCGGAAGGUGGAGAAGGAAAGGAAAGAGGCACAGGAGAGGGCUGCUUCUGAGCUGAAGGCCUUGGAAGAAGAUCAUUCCACACUGAAAAACAAAAUGGAUGCUUGCAAAGCAAGGAACAAGGUGCUGUCCAAUGAGACCAAGUCCCUGAAGCAGCAGAUACAGACUCUCCUGGAGAAGGGAAAGAAUGACGAUGAGCUGGUGCAGGCCCUCAUGAGGCAGCUACAGCAGCUGAAGCAGAUGUUGGAGGCUUCAAAUGUGCACCAGCAGAGUAACAUGGAGCGUCACCAGGAGAAGUUGAAGGACAUGAAUGUCAAGGUGCAGCAGGACAACAACAUCGUGGAGCAGCUCAAGGCCAUAGGCGAGAAGGAGCAGAAGGUCAAGGUCUUGGAGAGUGAGAUCCAUCAGAUGAAGCUCAAUCACAUCCAACGAGCCCAGAUGGAGAGCGUGUCAGCCAUGUUCCAGGAGCCACGCCCACCCUCUGGACCAGUCAGCAGUCGCCCUGGCACAGUGGCAUCAGAUGGUGGAGAUACUAUUGUCCUUACAACAGUCACACCACCAGAAUCAAGACAAAGUGACCGGCCACCGACCAGCAACAGGAUUGUAGAGAGUGCCAGAUCUCUGUCGCGAGUCUCUGCCAGACCGACAUCAGCAAGCAACAUGAACGGCAACAACAUGGUGUCUGGAAUGGCUGAGCUCCAGUACCAGUGUCAGGAGUACCACACCAUGAUGCAGGUGGCUGACGUCGAGCGGGAGAAGCUAUCCGAGCUGGUGCAUGUUCUACAAAAGAGGAUUGAUGAAACAUCAAGCAAAGUGAAUGACAUGCAAUCAGAGCUAAUCCAAGAAAGGAAAAAGAAUGUUGUGUUAGAGAAAAAGCUUGGCAAAGCCAAGUUAGACCCAGCCUUAACGUCCAGGAGUAGUGCUAAUGUGAAGACAGGCAGAAUGCAGACAGGCAAGACAUCGGCCUCUACCGUCAGGGAGUCCAUCACCAACCUCGACAAUGUAGACAAGUUGGACCAAACAGAGAUCGAGGAACUCAUCACUAGUCUUGAAAUCCAGCGUGAUGAAAAUGAUGCCCUCAAGGUGGCACUACAGAGCACUCUGAAGGCUAAGGAGGAGGACCUGAAGCUCUACAGUGACACAAUGGAUGAAACCAAGAAAGUAUUCCUCCAGGCUCUCCGACAGUUCAAAGGAAAACCUCAGACAUCAUCUUGAUCAUCAGCUACAAACACUAGGAAUGUUCAGACACAACGCCAACUCACUAUCUCAUCAUCAGCUACAUACUCCCUGACAGCAUCUCAGUCAUUAGUCACUAUGUGUCCUUUCAGUCAUCCUAUAUAAGUCUAGCAGAAUUAUUGUAUAAUAUGUUGGACAGAAGAAGGUAGACUUGGUGAAAUGUGAUGUGCAUAGUUUUCAGAGAUUGUGUUUUGUGGCACAGUUUGAUAAUACAGUGUUACAUCCAGUCAGGAAUCUGGUGGACAUCUACGUACAUUUUAUAUGAAAAAUGAACAGUACUCCAUUCCCAUGUCACUGGUUAAUCUUGGAAGCAUUCCAGUUUUACAAGAUGUCACUGUAUUGAGUCAAAAGACGGUCUGAAGCCACAAUACUUCUGUAUGUAGGUGUCUGGUGGUAAAUUCUGGUAGGUUCUUGACAUGCUGACAUGUUUGGAACACCACUUCAUGAAGUUUGACAACCCUGCUGAUGCUAUUUACGCUUUCUUGGCCAAUGUUUGUUUCUCGUUCAUCACAUGAAAUGUUUUGUAAGACAUUAUUGUUGAGUUGAUAGUAAUCGUCUGUUUAUAUGUAGAUACUAUAAACAUGGAAAUGAUAUGGUCUUGCUCAAGCUUUUUUCAAAUAUUCCAUCCAUCUCUGUUCCAUAUGUAGCAAGUUGUCUUGUCUUGGUUUUUGAUGCAGUAUUUUACUGAAACUUUUUACCCUUCCUGUGAGCUUGUACAUUUUAUUCAUGAUCCUCCUCAAAUAUGUGCAUUAUUCUUGGGUGUCUGAUGAAACAAGCAUAAUGCUGACUAAAAAAAGAUCACAAUUAUUUCAAAUAUGAGACUUAGUGGAUCCUUGCAUAACUUGGGGACACAAGGAAAACAUAAGACUAUGGCCUCUCAUGUCCUUGGUGGUGAAUGUUUUGCACUCAACAUGAACAUGACUUGCAUCCAAACAUAUCAGCAACCUGUAGUCUCUUAGUUGGUGUGGGCUAUGUUACAUUAUUGCAGACUUAAACAUAAAACAUUUUGCUUGGCUGUCCAGUCAAAUGCCACAGAAUUUUCCGUUUAUUCAGUAAUAUUUUGCAGCAAGUCCACUGGGGAUGCAGGUUCAUCAUCCUGCUACACAGUUUUACACAGAUAAUGUGAUAGUCUCAGAUGUUAUCACAUGUUUCAUAAGAGGGAGAGAGUUUAGUUUUAUGCUGCUUUCAUCAAUAUUCCAUCAGGGGACACCAGAAAUGGGCUUCACACAUUGUCCCCAUGUGGAAUCCAACCUGAGUCUUCGGUGUGACGAGGCUACCCCCACUGCCCCCAUUCCAUAAUAGGAGAUGCUCCAAGAAGGUACAGGUGGCUUGUAGAUUCUGUUCUGGCACUGAUCAUGCGAAGCUGUUUGCAUUCACAUCAUUGCUGAAGCACAUCCAUUACCUUUGUUUUCAUCACAAUUAUGAUGUGAGAUAUGUAUAUUUAUUCAUAAUGAUAUGCAUCUACAGUUGUUGAAAGUGUUGUUUUUCAUAAAACCCAAAAUGAACAAAAAUGCAAUGCACAAAUAAACUUGAUUCCAAAGUUG